CAGAUCGGUGGUCCGCUAGGAAACAGUCGCGGCAAGGAUUCCCGUUACAGUCAUGGCGACUCAUAGCCUGGCGAACGAGCGGCUGCGGGCCUUGGAGGAUAUCGAACGGGAGAUAGGGACUAUCCUGCAGAGCGCCGGAAAUGUGAUCCUGGAGCUGUCCAAGGAGAAGGCAAACGAACGGCUGCUGGACCGGCAGGCGGCAGCCUUCACCUCCUCCGUGCAGCACGUGGAGGCCGAACUGUCAGCCCAGAUCCGAUACUUGACUCAGGUAGCUACUGGCCAGCCUCAUGAGGGUUCCAGCUACUCAUCAAGAAAGGACUGCCAGAUGGCACUGAAAAGAAUAGAUUAUGCUCGACUGAAAUUGAGUGAGCUGGCACGAACCUGUGAGCAGGUGCUGGAGACCUAAAGCAGGGUAGAGGCCCUUCCUUGCCCCUCUUCCAUACCUCUGUUGUCUUGGACAAAGUAAGAAGAGUGAGGAGAAGGAAGUGGUAUCCCACCAGACUUCACCAUUCAGAAAAUCCAUGGGAAAUAAAAAAGAUAGAGGUUGCUUCACCCAAGAACUCUCCACAAAUUACCUCUUUAACCAGGGCUUGGAGAUCCUAAUAUACAAUUUCUUUCUUCCACCCUACAUUUCCAUUUUCCCAUGAUACUUUGGGUUCUUCUUGCCACUUUGGUCCAGCUCAAACACACAAAAUGGGAGAGAAGAUCUGACUGUUUUAAUAAACGAGCCUAUAUUUUCCAUGCAUCAUAAGGUAGGAGGAGAUAAGGGCAUCUAAUUAAUUAGGGAGGCCAUAAAGAGAGAAGAUCUGGGGGAAUAGUGGGAGAGUGGAGUUCAAAGUCAUGUAAGGGAUGGAAAGGAGCAGGGCAGUACCUUGGGACUGAGAUGGGGAGCAAGAAGAGAAAUUAGUUGACUUGGGUUAGGUGGAGAUAUUGAUGGGAUGUACUUGGGGAAAGACAGAAUUGUCAAGCAGAAGAGGAUUUCUGGGAGACAUCAAUUGCAGAAAAGACUCAGAAAUUAGAAAACAAUCACAUUUAAUUAAACUAAUACCAGAUCUUUCGAUUCAAUGGGAGAAGCAAAUAUUAUUGUAGAAUAGUUGCCUUGGGAGAAAAGCCUAGCUGUUUCCAGAUAGCUGAAGCAUGGCUUAUAUCGAGUCAGGUGGAUCUGUCUCACAAGGGAUUAUCAGCUCAAAAUCUAAAAAGAUGAGAUAAAAAGGAGGCUGGACCCCUGAAGGGAAUGGGAGUUGUGGGCAGUGUGUAGUGAGGGGUAUUCCUGAAGGCUAUGGAACUAGGCAACAAAA